AAAAAAAUGUUGUUGCCAAAGGCCUGCUGUAGCCCUCCUUCAUGGCUUUGUAUUACUGUAAUUUCCUACUGUGAUUACGUUUACAGGCAAAACAGUGUUGUUAUUUUUUUGUAAAUAAAACUCAAAUUUCUAAAUAUAAUUUCAGAUAACCGAAAAAAGCUGAAAUAAAAUGUAAAUAUAGGAAACAAUGAACGUAAAAUGUAAAUAGUAAAACGCUGAAGAACAGAACUAUAAAUAAAAAUUAAAAUAGCUGUAAUAAAAAUUUUAAAUAGCUGUAAUAAAUGCUACAACAGUUUAUAAUUACCAUUCAAAUAAGACCAAGGCAAACGAAUCAGGGUCAGCGCCGAUCCUGUUUUUAUAAAAAGGUAUUUGUCGCCAUCUAACGGUGUGAUGCUGUAACAACAGCGGAAAAUUGGGUUAAAAUGUAGUGACGUCAGACGCAGAAGAGCGUCGCUGUAUUUUCGUCAUCGAUCGCAGGUGUCUCUACCGGCCAUCUGGAAGGAGUUACAGUACGUACUUAGGUAACAUCUCCGUUUGUUCGUAUUCAUCCUCAAAGUAUUUUUUUUUUCCGUGUUGUGAUGUGGCGUUCACAGACUGUCUAAUGUAUUUUGUCUGUAUAAACAUCUUUAAGCUAGCAUGUCAUGUUUUCUAUGGGUAAGAUUGCAUCUUUUAGCCAGGAGAAUGUUAUUGUGUUAUUAUGUUAUUUUUGACAUAACAGUAACUAAUUUACAGAACUGUAUCGAUUAGUUUGUGUGAAGCGAAAAUAAAACCGUCAUUCAGCGGCAACUUCUGGUCACUCAAGUCAUGCAUUUAACGAAAAAUAGUGUCAAAGUUACUGUUGGUUAUUCAGUCUCUAAAACCCUGGAAUGCACCCUGUAGUGCUGGUUCACAAAACUGAGGUUUUCGUUUGUGAUAUUUUUCAGUAAUACACGGUCAAUGAAAUGGACAGUUGCAUGCCGGUCUUUGUGCUUGGAUUUCUCAAUCCUCUUAGCAGCAAAGUCACAUCAAUAUAUUGACCAGGCUGGAAAAUUGGCAAGGACCAGCAACCACUUCAGAAUGACAUUGGGAGCUGUUGCCUCUGUGAUCCUCGCCAUAGGAGGAGCCGCGGUGUUUUCUGCUCUUCAUAAGAUUGAAGAAGGACAUGUGGGUGUUUACUACAGAGGUGGAGCUCUGCUGACCAUCACCAGUGGUCCUGGCUUUCAUCUGAUGCUGCCGUUCAUUACUUCAUUCAAGUCCGUACAGACAACCCUACAAACAGAUGAAGUAAAGAAUGUUCCAUGCGGCACAAGUGGAGGUGUGAUGAUCUACUUUGAUUGCAUUGAGGUGGUAAACUAUCUUGUUCCCUCAGCAGUUUAUGGCAUUGUCAGAAACUUCACUGCCGACUACGACAAGGCUCUGAUUUUCAACAAGGUACACCAUGAGCUGAAUCAGUUCUGUAGUGUGCACACACUUCAGGAGGUCUACAUAGGUCUAUUUGAUCAAAUAGACGAGAAUCUUAAGCUCACGCUGCAGAAGGAUCUCACCAGCAUGGCCCCCGGACUCAUCAUUCAGGCGGUCCGUGUCACCAAGCCAAACAUUCCAGAAAGCAUUCGCAGGAACUAUGAACUAAUGGAGAGUGAGAGAACGAAGUUACUGAUUGCAGCUCAGACUCAGAAGGUUGUAGAGAAAGAAGCAGAGACCGAGAGGAAAAAGGCUGUUAUUGAGGCAGAGAAGGUGGCUCAGGUAGCUGAAAUAAAAUUUGGACAGAAAGUUAUGGAAAAAGAAACAGAGAAAAAGAUCUCAGAAAUUGAAGACAGCGCUUUCCUUGCUAGGCAGAAAGCAAAAGCAGAUGCAGAGUUUUACACCGCACAGAGAGCAGCAGAGGCCAACAAGCUGAAGCUGACCCCUGAAUAUCUCCAGCUGAUGAAAUUUAAGGCAAUAGCAGCUAAUAGUAAGAUGUACUUUGGAAGUGAGAUCCCCCAUAUGUUCAUGGACGUGGGACUGGGAAGCUCCUCCUCAGCUACCUCCAAAGCUAUAGACGCCCUCUCAGAGGGCAUACUGGACCUGGAAUGAUGAGAGAAGUUGUGUUGUAGCACUGAGGAUAAAUGAACAGGUAAUAAAAGAGACGAAUGGCAAGUCAUUAGACUGCAUUGGUACAGUCAGUGCAGCUGAAACCACUUCAGUAAAGAAACGCGGUGCUGUAUCAGUGGGACCGAAACACUAUACCUGCAACUAUACCCUGGUGAGUGGAUCACAAGCCAGUGGUGGUUAACUAGAGUAUAAACCUUUUAAGUAGAACAGUGUGUGGGAAUGUGAAUUUGAAUGUGAGAUUAGAACUCAUGUAGACAUUUGUGCAUGAUUUAAAUGUUUUAAUAUACAUCAGGUUUGUAAAACUAAAGACGCAUUAAUUUUUUCACACUGAGGAAAUUUUUUGAUGUUCUUUCAAGACAUCUUAGUGUCUUGGAGGCUUUUAUACCUCAGGGAUUUAAAGAAUUAAAAACAGAAUAUGGACUGGAUUAAAAUAGUGUUCUUAAUUGUAUUGCCAUUUGAAUUUUUACUGACUCGGCCGACUGUCCUUUUUUCCAUUGAGUCAGUAAAAAUUAAAAUAAUUUGGCAAAAACAUUUAGAACACCAUCCAAGAACACUAUCAAGAGUUCAAGAGUUAACAAUUUAUAGUGAGGAAAUGGUUGUAUGAACCUACAAAAUCGUAAGGUCAUCUAAAAAAUGGUGUAGCAUUGCUUUUAUUGUUAAAUAUAAAGUUCAGCAUCAUUUGUCACUUUUAUCAGUUGUGUGCAGUUUUUUUCCCAGAGGAGUGUAAUCGAAUAUACUCUCCAGCCAUUUCCACGUUUCUGUGGAUUUGGGAGACUAUAUUAAAAAAUCUUUGUUGCUAUCUCACCACUGAACUUGAAGCAUGAAGCAUGUCUGUGGGCUGUUUCUGACUCAUGGAAGUGUUUGAUUAUGCUCGAUGUUGUUAGUCAUACAAUGGGGAAAAUAUUUAGUAAUCCACCACUGGUUUUGUAAGUUUGCCCACUUACAAAGAAAUUAAGGGUCUGUAAUUAUUACGGUAAGUUUAUUUUAAGGUAUAGAGACAGAAUACCAACCAAAAAAAUCCAGAAAAAAAACAUAUUAUAUAAAUGUUAGAAAUAAGUAUUUGUUUGCCAAGCAAAACAUUAGUACUUGGUGCAGAAACCCUUGUUGGCAAGCACAGAGGUAAGAUGUUUUUUUUGAAGUUGGUCAUCAGGUUUGCACACAUCUCAGGAAAGAGUUUGGUCUUUUAUAGAUCCUCUUUAAAUCCUUAAGGUUUCUUGGCUGUUGUUUGGCAACUCAAAGUUUCAGCUCCAGUGUUUCUUCUUGAGCCACUCCUUUGUUGCCUUGGGGGUAUGUUUUGGGUCAUUGUCAUGCUAGGAGACCCAUCCAUGACCCAUCUUCAGUGUUCUGACAGAGGGAGGGAGGUUCUCUUCCAAGAUUUUACAGUAAAUGGCCCCAUCCAUUUGUCAGUCAAUGUGUUGAAGUCAUCCUGUUCCCUUAGCAGAAAAACAACCCCAAAAGCAUUUCUCUCCCUCCGAACACGGCGAGUCAAGUUAAUGCCAAAGAGCUCAAUUUUAGUCUCAUCUGAACCCAGCACUUUCUCCCAAGCAAACACUAAAUCUUUAUAUGUUCUUUGGCAAACUUUAAACGGGCCUGUAAAUGUGUAUUUUUGAGCAUGGGGACCUUGCGGGUGCUGCAGGAUUUCAGUCCAUUUAAUUGGUAAUGUGUUACCAAUGUUUUGCUUGGUGAAUGUGGUCCCAACUGCCUUAAGAUCAUUUACAUGCUCCUCCCGUGUUGUCCGAGGCUGAUCUCUCACAUUUUUCUCAUGAUCAUCCUUACCCCAUUAGGCAAGCUCCAGACCAAGGCUGAUUAAUGGUUGUUUUGUACUUCUUACACUUCUGAAUAUUCGCACCAACAAUUGUCUCCUUCUCACCAAACUUCUUGCUGAUGGUCUUGCUGUACAAUCUUGUAAUUUAAAUAGCAGAGUAGCGGCCGGAAAAGACGAAAACGAAUCAAAGCCGUAGGGAAAUACCCAGAAUUAUAUGCAACCAACCAUAGAUUCUUUCAAAGACAACAUAAGGAAGUCAUAAACGUGGAGAAAGAUAGUGUUUGUCGUCAGUUUUUCAGGUAAGAAUGUCUAAUUUUUUGAUCUGAGGUAAAAUGUUCAGUGACAGUCCUUAGAAACAUUAAGAAAUAAACGUACCUAUAAAAAAAUGUCUUCUUUGUUUUUAUUGAGCAAACAAAUCAGUAUUAGUAGCUACAGCGUUAGAAAUGUUGAAAUUGCUUAUAAUAAUACAAAACAAUUGAUGAAUGGCAAUCUAGAAUGCUAAUGAUAAUCUAGACUAAAUUAUAACACACAUUCUUUUCAUUAAUUAACGUUCAAAACUUAGCUAUUAUCAAUUAAAAUAAUAUUUAAAAUAAUAAUAAUAAUAAAAAUUAAGUUAAAUCUCAUUAAUCUUGCUGCUCAGAACUUGAUUCGAUUUUGAGCGAUAUUGAGUAUAGAAAUUGCACGUCCGGUGUGCAAUACCUCGAGUUGUCCUACGUGUGGCACGGCGCUGCGCUUCUUGUCCGGUGUGCGACCCUCUUUAUACACCUAACAAGAUGACAUCAGGAGUAACUUCUUAAAGUGGCAGGACCAAUCGGUGUUCCACAUGGGCACAUAACCAAUCUGUGGGAGCCAGAAUUCUUGCUGGUUGGUAGGGGGUCAAAUACUUAUUUCACUCACUGAAAUGCAAAUAAACUUCUAACCUUUAUGUAAUGUGUUUUUUAUGGAUUUUUGGGUUGAUAUUCUGUCUCUAUCCGUUAAAGGGGUCCUAUUAUGCUUUUUCACUAUUUGAAUUUUAUUCAGUGUGUAGUGUGUAGGCUAUGUUUUAACAUAAAAAUUAUCAACUAAGUUACAAAUUUCAAAGUCCACUCCAAAGGGUGAUAUUUAUUUUGAAAAAAAAAUAAAAAAUCCCUUUUCAAGAACUACGGCAAAUGGCUCGUUUGGACUACAUCGCGGUUUUCCGGGUUUUGUGAUGUCACAAAGCGGCCCAUUAGAAUAAUUGCAGAAAAAUUACAGACCCUUCAUUUCUUUGUAAAUGGGCAAACUUAGAAAAUCAGCAGGGGAUCAAAUAAAUAUAUUCCCCACUGUAUUUGGAAUAAGUCUUCUGGAAAUUAUUUAAGUUUCCCCUAAAAUGAAGUUCAAACUAAGGCUUUUUCUCAAUGUUAAAAUGUUUAUAUAUAGUAUUAGGAUCAUGUACAGCAUCUCAUUCUAGUACCUCCAGAUGUAUGGAUCAGUACAUCUGUACUGGAUCAGUAGCUUACUUUCAUUUGUCACCAGGAAUGUAGAGUAUGCGACUUUACAUUCAUGCAUAUAUGAAUAAGACCACAACUUGAAGGAUAUAAAAUGUUUUUCUAUACUUAAAAUAUAUAGAUGUUCCUAAUAAUGAACAGCAUACCUCAAAUUUGUGUAUUUGAAAUGAUCUCCUUACUGUUACUGACUUUGAACAUUUGGACAGGCUUUAAUUUAGUCUGAUUGUUUAAAGGGCCAUUUUUAUUUGAAAACAGUUGUGUUUAGGCCUGAGAACUGGCAAGUUUAAAAUAUUGUGGCAGAUUGUGUAAUACUUUGUUCAAAACCUCAGAGACUCAUCAGAGCUUCCAAAAGACCUUUACUGUUCAUGUCUGGGUUUUGCAUCAACACUGAACCUGUGUUGAAUCACUGUCUGUGUUUAAUGUCCUUUAAAAUUGUUUAUGUUUUGGGUGAAUAAUUGUUUAGACAGUAAAGUUUUUUUAUGAAA